CUCAAGGAGAUGUUCCCUAUCGAGGCCGGAGACAUCAGCCCGGAGAACAGGGUCAUCCCCCACCUCCCAGCCCCCAGGUGGUUCGACGGGCAGCGGGCCGCCGAGAGCCGCCAGGGCACCCUCACGGAGUACUGCGCCGCGCUCAUGGGGCUGCCCGCCAAGAUCUCUCGCUGCCCCCACCUGCUCGACUUCUGCGAGGUCGCACCUGAGUGACCAAGUGACUCCGAAGCCAAAAAGCCAGAGACGUACCUGGUGCCCAAAGACGGCAAGAGCUCUGUGGCAGACAUCACCGGGCCCAUCAUCCUGCAGACCUACCGCGCCGUCGCCGACUAUGAGAAGAGCUCGGGCACCGAGAUGACGCUGGUCACGGGCGACGUGGUGGACGUCGUGGAGAAGAGCGAGACCGGCUGGUGGUUCUGCCAGAUGAAGGCCAAGCGAGGCUGGGUCCCGGCGUCCUUCCUGGAGCCCCUGGACAGUCCCGACGAGGCAGAGGACCCGGAACCCAACUACGCAGGCGAGUCCUACGUCACCAUCAAGGCCUACACAGCCGUGGAGGAGGACGAGAUAUCCCUGCUCCAGGGAGAAACCAUCGAGGUCAUUCACAAGCUCCUGGAUGGCUGGUGGGUCAUCAGGAAAGAAGACGUCACGGGCUACUUUCCCUCCAUGUACCUGCAGCCGUCGGGGCAGGACCCGGCCCGGGCGCCGCGCCAGAUC